CGAGUAGCGCGCAUCGCAGGCCGUUUUCGCACAGCGGGUCGCAACCACGCCUUUAUCGAAAACACAAACACGAUUCCGCACAAGGCGGAGUAUAUAACGACAGAAGAGAGUGAACGAGAGAGAACUACACAGAGACGGACAAUAAAAACUCCGAAAAAGGCCCGACCCAGGGAAGGCAGCCCAGCUGAGUGGAAGAGGAGAAGGGGAGACGGCGCACCGGCUCGGGCAGAGUGGCGCGACAUACGAAAGGAAGUUAGCGGCGAAAGACGGACGAAACACUGUCAGACUGAGCGCGCGCGCGAACCAGCCAACCUUCUCGCCGGUUGGUUCCGGUCUCCCUUGGGUAGAGCAACCUGCCAGCGUUACGGUGGCAACAAACCUUUUUACGUUCUCAGCCGUGACGGCGUACUCUCGGAGUUUACGCAGUCUCUUACGCGCACCCGUUCUGCACACAGACUGUACUACCGAGUGCCUCAACGGAAUCGCAACCGGCCGAGAAGGGAGAUCGCUUACCGCGAACAAGCGGACGGACGCAACGCCGUGAAGUGAGCCGCGCUCGAUUCUCCUUAUCGCGCUCGAGCUGCGAUUCGAGCUGCGAGGUGCGAAUCGCGUGCGCGCGCGCUGUAGACGACAAGAAGCACCGAGAGAGAGAGAGAGAGAGAGAGAGGGGGGGAGAAGAGAGAAAGAGAGACAGAGAGAGAGAGAGAGAGAGAGAGGUGACGACCAUUCGGAGUGCGCAUCCAUGACCCUCGCGGUGACUUGACGGGAUCGUGAAUGUCGCGAUCGUCGACGUCGUCGCGCUCCUCCGCAGCUCUAUUCAGAUCCCGUCACUGAACGCUUCAGUCCGCACAUUACACGCGCGUAAGACUAGAGUGCGCGCGCUCGUGUUCUUCGAUAUUCGUGUUUCUUCACGCUUGCUGCUCGCGUAUGUGUGUGCCGAGUCUAUUAUUUUGCCGCGACAAACUUGCGAUAGUAUUUUGAACGAGCGGUUUUACGCGAAGUAUUUUGAAUCGAGAAUAGUCUCGAUAUAUAUAUAUAUAUUGACAUAUACAACACACAGUGAGUUUAAAGUGCGACAGUGACCGAGAAGAGAGAGAAAGAAAGAUAGAUAGAAAGAGAGACGUAUACGCGGUGUAUAUACACACGAAACGAGGGGGAAGCGAAGGGCAAGAGACUCGGCGUGCACCGAGUGCUUAGGAACAGGAGCAGCCGAAGGGGAGAAACAGGAGGAGUAGAGUAGAGGGAAUAAACGAGCCUCGCGCGCUGUACGCUUCGAGCGAACGUCGACGAGCCGGAAGCACCGACCGAGUGAGAGAGAAAGAGAGAGACUUCACGUCUGCUUUAGAAGAUGUUUCGAGCUUACGGCACCGCGCCGGCUGAGACACCGUCCCCGGGCGCCGACUUCCACCCUCUGGCGACCCUGAUCUUCAACAAAGGAUUCAUAAACUGCAAUGCCGCCAACACGCUGCAGUCGCUCGCGCAGCUACAUGGCAAAUCUCCGUUCUUCCCGAGUCUCGAGGAGCAAAGUGGUACCUUGUUGGAAGAUCCUAACGCGCCGAGUCAGCUGGACGGCGUCGGUGUCGGUGUGGGCGUAGGUGUCGGCGUCGGGGUCGGCGGUGGCAUAACUGCAUCCCAAGCGGCGCCGCUCUCGUCACCCAGUCGAAGCAGUCCUCACAGCCAGGGCAGCGAAACUGGCGAGCGCUUCUCCAGGAAAGUCUUCGUUGGAGGUUUGCCACCAGAUAUCGACGAAGAUGAGAUCACAGCCAGUUUUCGGCGCUUUGGUCCUCUGGUUGUAGACUGGCCACACAAGGCAGAAAGCAAAUCCUACUUUCCACCAAAAGGCUACGCGUUUCUGCUUUUCCAGGACGAGGGUUCGGUUCAGCAGUUGAUAGACGCGUGUAUUCAAGACGAGGACAAGCUUUAUCUUUGCGUUAGCUCACCCACAAUCAAGGAUAAACCUGUGCAAAUCCGACCGUGGCGACUUAGCGAUGCCGACUUUGUGCUGGACGCAUCUAUGCCGCUCGAUCCGCGAAAGACCGUCUUCGUCGGCGGUGUCCCGCGGCCGCUCAAGGCCGUGGAGCUCGCCAUGAUCAUGGAUCGGCUUUACGGCGGUGUUUGUUACGCCGGCAUUGACACCGAUCCCGAGCUCAAAUAUCCCAAAGGAGCCGGCCGAGUCGCCUUCAGUAAUCAGCAGAGCUACAUAGCUGCCAUCUCGGCGAGAUUCGUGCAGCUGCAGCACGGCGACAUUGACAAAAGGGUCGAGGUAAAACCCUACGUUCUCGACGAUCAAAUGUGCGACGAAUGUCAAGGUCAGCGCUGUGGAGGCAAAUUCGCGCCAUUUUUCUGCGCUAACGUCACCUGCCUACAGUACUAUUGCGAGCAUUGCUGGGCAACUAUCCACUCCCGGCCAGGUCGGGAGUUCCACAAGCCGCUGGUGAAGGAAGGCGCGGAUCGGCCUCGGGCCGUGCCUUUCCGCUGGUGUUAACCCCAGCUGCGUUGUCCCUAAUUGUCUCGCAGCCCUAGCUAAUUAACUACACCACCUCUACCAAUAUUUCCCUCCCCCCUAACCCUCCCCUCACAUACCCCAAACCACCCCCGUCCACACCAUAUAUUACUUACUUUACUUACCUACCUACAAACAAGAGAACACAGCCUCAAAACCGCUAUUAUUACUACUACCACUCGAUCGUCACGUACUACCACUACUCUACUCUACUACCACUAUUAUUACUAUUAUUGCUAUUACUGCUACCACAACUACUCUAUUCUACUACAAAUUACUACUACUACUACUCCACUGCUACUACUUGAAGUUGUACCGGUUAUAUUGGAGAAAGAAAAACCAAGCCGCUGCUGCCCGCCGAGCCGAUGCGGGCUGCCGGCGCGUCGUUCCGACCUUCGACCUCACAUCCGUAACGCGACUCGUUGAUGUGAAUGUCGAACAUUCACAUAUAUAUAUAUAUAUAUAUAUAUGUGUGUGUAUGUGUUACGACAGCCGUGUCAGUGUCAUCGUCGUAUCAAGCUUCGCCGAUGCACACCGGACUCUGCCGGAACUGAAAACGGGUUUCGCGUUCGCGACGGCAGUGCCGGAAGAGACCGCGGAUGAGAGGGGAGAAAGGAAGAGAACGACCGGAUCCAACGCCGAGUCCGACAUCGUCGAGUCGGGAAACGAGGAACAAGAGACACAUACCGAGACACAGAAGGAUACAGAAGAGAACGGACACGGUUUCUCAGUAUAUCGAUUACUCGUUACACGUAUAAUCCUAUCUGUCUGCGCUGUAAGAUGCACCGGUCCGCGAGAUCGAGUAUAUAUAUAUAUAUAUAUAUAUACAUAUACAUAUAUAUAUGUAUAUAUAUUUAUAUAUAUAUAUAUAUAUGUGUGUGUACUCGAUGUAUGUAUAUCCUAGUUAACCGCGAGUCUCGAGAAGAGCGAGAGCAAGUGAGGGGGAGGGGAGGAGCCGCUCUCGCGCACCGAUCCGUCGGCAUCAAUUGCCGAUCCCUCCUCGGGUGUUUACCGAAGUUUCGCCCAAGCAGCGCGAUUGCAAUUCCGGAUUUGCCUCGAGCGCGUCUCGAUCCGCCGCACGAAUUGCCUCUUCCGAGUUCGGCUGCUGCUGCACGUGCAGCCGAGAGACCACAAAAGUAUCCCUCCCCGUAUCGUCUGAUACCCCCGGUCGAGCGGGAGUGAGUUUGAUUCGCGAUCCGGGUGAGCGCCGGCGAGCGACUUCUCGGUGAACACGGGGCUCGCGCUUUUUCAAUUGACGUUAUUCGCUUUUUAGACGAAGCGCGACCGAAAGCGCGUGCUUCGUGAGCAGCGAUCUCCGCGCGACGAGUGUUCGUGCGAAACGCGAGUACCUGAUUUGCCGCGAGCGUGUGUUGCUAGAAUAAACGAGCGAGAGAAUGCGAGCAAGUGAGAGAGAGAGAGAGAGAAUGAGAGAAAAAAGUAAGAGCGAGAAAAGUAAGCGCGAGGAAGAGUGACAGGAGGAAUGAAAGAAGGCAGUGAGAAUCGGCAAACAACGCGUAGAUCGACGAGCGCUGAUAGGAAACCUGGAAGAGAGUGAUACGGAGAGGAUGGAGACGACACACCGAGAGAGAAAAAGAGAGAGAGAGAGAGAGAGAAAGAGAGGCGAGCCGUUCGUAAAUGGAUGUUAAUCAAUAAUGAAAAAAAAAGCCACGCUUCAAACCGCUGUGUAUUAGGUAAUUCUCUUUAUCACAACACACGUACACAGAACACACACAGAAAACACACACGGUUUCCUAGCUGUUAAGAACUUAUUAAAAAAAAAUAAUAAUAAUAUGUUACAUAGGUGCGUUGUGUAAUGCGUUUCUCGUGCGGAUAACGCGACCGCGCGCUCGUAGAGAAAAAACACUUAAGAAAAUGAUUUUUUACUAAUUAACUUAUUCAAAAAAAAGAGAAAAAACGAGUGAGGGGAAGAAAAAUAGUGUAAUCGAAGAAGAAACACGAACAUAAGAAAACCGAGAAAGAGAUAAAGAGAGUUUAUAGCAAAAGUGUCACGUAGACGACGGAAGAAAGGGUUGUAAACGGAAACCGUUGAAAAAACCGAAAUAGUUCAAUUUUUUGACGCGCGUAUAAUUGCACGCGUGAGCGACGAGCGAUACCGUGAAGUGUCCGUGUUUACGGGCGUCAGAUUCUUCAGAUCUGCCGCGUACCGGAUUCUUUUGUCGAGAACUUCCGAAAAGCUGAGAAAGAGAGAGAGAGAGCGAUUCCGGCUUUAACGUCGCGUCGCGUCGCGCGUGCGUUCGCUCGUCGAGCGAGAGAAGAGGACUCUCGCCUACUUGUUCUCGAAGAAAAAAGGACGAAGGGGAGAAGGGCCGCGUAGUCGCCGCGCGCAAUGAGCGAGAAUAGGACAAAUUUCUACAACCCUCAACUUUGCUAAACAAUCACGUGCAAUAAACGAUCGUUGCGCGCGCGGCGUCUUCUCUCGCGCGGCGGCGAGAAAACGACCUCGCGCUCGAUUUCGUGGAGCGAGAGAACGUGUGAAAAAAACGGAACGCGGGAGGAGUAUCGUUUUUUUUUUUUUUUUUUUUUUUUCAAUUAUUAUUAUUAUUAAUUCGAAGCCAAAGUAGGCGAAAAAGGAGAAAAGAGGAAGUGUGAUGAUGACUCGUAGACGGGGAAAAAUCCGAAGGCUACGCGAUAUAUAUAACUACAUACAUAUAGAGAUCGUACCUAAUUAAAAAAGAAAAAAGAAAAAAAAACAACUCUCUUCACAUACGUCCGAAUAGCUGAAUGGAAAAUGUGCGCGGCGCGUCUGGAGGGGUCGCGCGUUUCGCGCGGAACACACUAUUAUAUAGAUUCGUAUUUAAUAUAUAGAAAGAGCCGCAUGUUGUCGCUCUUGUGUACAUACAAAUACACCGAGAAUAAUCCCUCUCUUUUAACCGAUUUUCAAAAAAACCGGGCGUUUAUUAAUUAUAUAAUCGCGACCGUGCGUUCAAUUGUGUGUGCACGUUUUUUCUUAAAAUCCCUCUUUAAAAGUAAAAACCAACUUCUUCGCUGGAUGUGUAUAUAAUCAAACACAACUUCGCCGUAGUUCAAUUUAAAAGGAGAAAGAAAAAUUUAUCAAAGAGGGAGAGGGGGGGGGCGCAAGGGUGAAGAGCUCACAUCUCGACCGAGGCGUGUAUUAAAAUAAAUAACCACAUUUUCAUUCGCAGAUUCGAAUUCUCGAAGGGUUUGGUAGAAUAGAGAAUCUUGUGGGUGCAGCGAAGGAUCGAAAUAUUUAUAAUUUUUAUGCGUGACACGCUUUCCGGCUUUCUUUCGAUCGAAAUUGUGAUAACUCACUCCGAUCGAUCUCUGAUAAUCGCAAUAAACUCAAUUUUCGAAUUUUAUUCCGAAAGACGAAGCUUUUUCUCGAAAAACCGCUGUGUUUGUUAUAUAGAGUUUUGAAUACGCCGAUUUCGAGAAUAUCUCUUUGAUAUAAUAUAUAUAUUAUAUAUAUAUAACGUAGAAAAAAAAAAAAGAGAAAAGUACUUUUGAUAAUUCCGAUCGGUAACUCUUAACAGUUUGUAUAUCGGGUCUCUCCCUCAAUCUCCGAGCGAUCCCUUUUGUUGUGCAAAGAGCGCGGUGCCUCGCGAGAGUUGUGUCUCACAAUAACUUCCGACAAUAGCCGGGUCGUGUAUACCGUCGACGGAGCUCUUCUCGAGACAGAAGGCCAGAGGUCGAGGACUAGGAAGCGUUGUGCUCGGAAUUAGUAUGCAACGUUGUGUGUUCCGCUUCGUAGAUGACAAAAAAAAAAAAAAUAAUAAUAAUACAGUCAUAUUCUGUACGUAGCAACAAGCAGCAGCAGCAGCAGCAGCAGCAGCGGUCAGAAGACGUAGUUUAACCUCGCAUAACGAGUCUCUCUCGCGAUACUCUUCUUCUGCACACGUAUCAGACUUUGUACAAUUCAUACUGAAAAUUAUAUAGACACAAAUACACAUAUUUACACACACACACACACACACCCACACAAAAACUCGCACACGUACGCGUAGCACGCGGUCAUGGUCGCGAGCGAAAACACGUACACGCAAGUCCCACACACAGACACGCAUAUGACACACAGCACACAGGCGAUUAUGCGACCAACGGAUCACGUUGCGUGCGAAUCUAACGAGGAAGGGACAAAAAAAAAAAAAAAAGAAGUAAUUUCCACAUCUAUAUAUACACAUAUAUAUUUAUUUUUUUGGUACUCCUUUUUGUAUAUAUAUAUCUUGUCACGCCGUGUAGAGAUUAGACGGCGUUUAAUUAGGGCACCGCACGGGGGAACGCGUUAUUAUAUAUACAAUAUAAGUGGGCGAUGUGUCGCGGGAAUGAAGACACAGAGCAAGAGAAAAAGAGAUAAAGGUGGCCGCGUUCAACGACGACCCUCCGUCCCUUCGUCUAAGACACGUUAUUCGGCCCGCGAAGACACGAAGACGCGUGCGUUCAACGUGGACGGGAGUCGCGUGUGUAGCGUAAAUAAAAAAAUAAAAAAAAAAAGAGAAGAAAACUUAAUAAAACUCUAAUAACAUAGCAAAAAUGUGCGAGAAGAGGUGACGAGAAAAAAAGAAGAAAGAGCAACACAGAGUUCUCGUCGCAGCCUUUUUUUCUUUGACUCGCGCGCGUCCUCGUCGUUUAAAGAGAGACGAAAGAAAGGCGAUAUCUUAUCGAGCUGAAUCUGGGGGAAGAAUAGAGCAAAACAAAUAAUAAUAAUAAUAAUAGAACCGAAGAUACAAGAUAGAAAAAAUUUUGAAUGAGUCUCGUCGAGUGUGCGUUGUCAUGCAAACUGUUUCCUGAAGAGAGAGAUAGUUAAAAGAACAAGCACUAGAUACAAUUGUACACGUACGUUAAUAGGACGAAUAUGUUGGACGAAUAUGAAUUUUUCUAUCCGCUAUACAUUACAAUAGACACAAUGGAUCUUUUCUUACACACGUACACACACACACACACGCACUCGACGGAAGUUUAGAAUUAUAAUUUUGACCUGAAGAAAAACCCUGAAGAAUCAGUGCACGAGAACCGUGCGCGCGCGCGGAAAGAGGAAGAGGCGAAGAACGCGACGAGGAAAUAUGAGCAUUAGUUAGUGCAAUUUUACAUACGAGUCAGAAAGUGUGUUUUCUCGCAAAUCGUGCGAGAAGAAGAAAGAAAACACAAGAGAGAGAGAGAGAGAGAGAAAGAGAGAGAAAGAGAAAAAAGAGACAGAAAAAGCGGCACGCGCGGGAAGUAAAUGAAUUAAGAACGCGGGCAUAUCGCGUGUUAUCGCGGACAAAUUUAUAUAUAUACACAUAUGUAUAUGAGAAGCGCCGGCGAUGUCGCGCGCGAGUGCGCGCGAGCCGGCCCAAUAUAUUAGGCAAAAAUUUUCUCAACUCAACACACAUAAAUCCGCGAGCAUGGAGUGCGAACGCGUCGUCGAAGACACUCGUGAGCGGCAACACACACACACACACACGUACACUCAAACACUAUCACAUACACACGUGCACACGCUCCACUAAUCGAUCGAUAUAAUUGUGUAGCAAAACUUACCUAGGUACCAAUUCACCUAAAUCAAUUGAUAACUAAAAAUAUAUAUUGAUAUAUACAUAUUAUAUAUAUAUAAAUAUAUAUUAUAUAUAGAGAGAAGUAGAGCGUCGUGUUCCAAAUACUUGAACGAAUGAGUACUUGGACGAGAACCGAGACCGAUUUUUCUAGACAAAUUUUUCUAUAAUGUUCAAAAAAAACGGAUAUAUAUAUAUAUAUAAUAUAUAAUAAAACGCGCGAAAAAAAGCGAGCGAGAGAGGAAGGAGGACAGAACAUGUCGCCCCCGUCACGCAGAACGUCGCUUCGAAUUCUGUUUCAAGAGCGCGAACGUAACGAAUAUACCACUUGCACUACACACACACACACACACACGUAAACAUUUCACAUCACAGGCAGCACGUAAUUCUAUAAGAUACGCAUAUGUAAUUGCAACCGCGAAGAUCUUUCGAGCACACAUCUGCCAAGCCACAUCACCUCAAAACGCACACAAACACGGAAAAUAUAUCGUGAAUAGAGAUAUAUACAAUCUUUUUUGUAUCACAGAAGUACACACAAAAUACACUCGAGAGAAGAAAUUUUUACAAGCACGCGAAUUGUUUUGUAAAUUCACAAACACAAUCACAACACACACACACACAAACACGCGCGUUCUCCACGCUGUGAACUACGGUCGUGUCUCUUUGGAUAUGGAUGUCUAGCUAAAUGUUCAAUCUCACUGUGUGUACUCGGGUCGUUCCGCGGGUUUCAAUAUCUCCCCCGAUUGAUAUUUCCCCAUUUCCUUAACCCUGGCAUCGUGUACCUCUUUGUGCGAGUUAUUUUUGUGCUAGCGAUUUAAGGCGCAACGAAGGGGGAAAGAAGCAUUAGACAUAUUCCGUAAAAAAAAUGAAAAAAAAAAAAAAAAAAAAACGUAUAAAUGUGUCGACACUCGCCUUCGAGAUUAUCGACGACCGACUAAGACACUCGUUCGGCCACAAAGCGCGUUAUCGCAGUCUUGAAUUUUAUCAAGAAAUAAAUAACUCGAAGUUUUACAUGUCUGUAAAAUAGGUAAUUUAUUUACCUAAUUGUAUUAGUCCUUGGAAAAACGCAAUUGCUAUAAAUAUAAAUAUACACAUCUAAUCGAUAUAUAAGCAAUCGAGAUUUCGCAAAUGGCUAUGCGCGAUUUUCUUAAGGUAAAGUCGGUCCUCGUGAAUCUCCAUUUCCAAAUGAGCGCUAAACAAAACUUUUUGGAAAUUGUGAAGGAUCUAAUGCGAGAGGAAAGCUCGAACUUUUUUGUUGAAAUGAAUCUUUCACGACGAUAACGAAGGUGUCAAUCUUGCUAGCUAAUUUUGUUUUUUCUAGA